CAAAAGUUGAUAGCAAGCUCUGCUCGAAAUCUGUUUGCGCAGAUUUGGCUAUCUGAGUACAGAUAUCUUUAUCUAUCUGGAAAAUUAUUAAGUGUGCAAGCUGUUGGAACAGCAAACGAGCAACGAAACAGCGACAGUUAUUAAGAUGUUUUACGUUACGAUUGGUGAUAAUUGGUGCUCAGUAGUACCACAGUCAUGGAUUAAUAUUGACCAGAAAUUAUGUGCAUGGCCAGGACAUGGUAUUAAUGUUUCAAAAGCAGUAAAGAAAUCGUUACCUGCACAAGCUUCAUGGAAAAGCAUUCCGUAUAAAUAUCUCCUAGGACCAUUUGGGUCAUUUGAAGAGGCUAAAAAUAAAGAGAAGGAUGCAGAAUUUGUGUCGUCAGAUGAUGCAAAAAUGAAAGCUCUUCAAAAUCAAGAAAAUAUUCUUCCUUUGAAAAGAAAAAAGAAACCUAAAGUUUACAGUAGUUCAGAUGAAAUAGAGUCAUUUGAUGCAGAUUUGAUUCCUAGUAUAUGCUUUUCUUUUAUUGAAAUCGUGCGCAACUAA